GUGGCUUCAGUUCAGGUGUCGCUGAGGACGGAAGCAAGAGACGUUCUAUAUGUUAACAUUUCGGAAGUAUUAAGAAAUGGAAUUAACUCAAGAAGCGAUUUUAAACAUACUAAUAGAGGGGAAAGGAAAGGUGAAAAACUCUGAGCUUCUGGGCAAGUAUAAAGAGCACCUGAACUCUAGUGAUCCAGAAGAGAAGAAGAAAAACCGAGAUCUCUUCAAGUCUUUUGUCAACAACCUUGCUGUUGUGAAAGAUUUUGAGGAAACCAAGUACAUUGUUCUGAAGAAAGUAUACCAUCAUUUACUAGAAGCCAAUACAGACCAAAACACCCAAAGAGAACAGAAACAACAGGAUGAUGAAGAUGGAUCGCACUCUGAAGAAGAUAAGAAAGAACAACAAUAUGUGGAAGAUAGGAGAUCAGACGUGAGGAGAUCUUCCAGCCCGGUGGGACCUUCUUUUAUAGAGGCUGCUUUAGAAAAAGCCAAGAAUGUGGAGUUUAAACCUGUUAAGUCUUUACAAUUCUCUGUACCUUUAAAAUCUGAUGAUUCAGACAAACAUGGAGCAGUGUUUCCAGUCAAGAAAGAGACAAAUGCAAACAAGCCCUAUGCGCUACCUUUACGCAUGCCCCUGGUAGAUGUCAGUCAUCAUAACAAGAAAACUGCCACUGAGCACUUGGAAACUGGACAAAAUCCCCAUUCCUCGCCUCAGUGUAAGAGGAAACCGUCUACAGAUGGUUUUGUCAGCACCGGUGGGUCUCCACAGUUACGGAGACACUUCAAGACCCCUAAACAGGCUGAGGAGCCAAAGUACUCGAACCAUUGCCCACUGGAUUCCCUGGAACAUGAGUGGCUUGUGAAGUCUGCCGCAGGACAGUGGAGCCAAGUGUACGGUCUCCUAUUAAAAGAGGCUCAGCUUGCGGAGAAAAAAGACUUUAUCUCUGGUUUUACGGCCUUACAUUGGGCUGUCAAGUGUGGAAACAUUGAAAUGGCCGAUGCUAUUAUUCAACGAUCCAGUGCGGUGGACAUUGAUGCUAAAUCUUAUGGUGGCUACACACCAUUGCACCUCGCUGCCAUUCAUGAUCAGCUAGCUCUGAUUGAACUUCUACUUAAAUAUGAUGCCAACAAGAAUGUGAGAGACAACUGCGGUAAAAAACCCUACCAUUAUCUGCAGGAAGCAGUACCCAAAGAACUAAAGGAGCGUUUGGGAGAACCCAAGGCCCGCUGUCAUGAAGUUGUUCAUGUCAGGGAAGAGUUUGACCCAUAUAAACAUCUAAAAACACCUUACCGCCUCUUCCAGAAUAAUCCAGUGCAUAAGAAAAAGAGCAAGACUAGAGUCGUCUCCUUGGCUGAAGAUGUCAGAGACGAAAAGAGUGAUCCUUUGUUACAUAAACAGAGGCCCAUUUCUAAUUUAUUUUAUUAAAUGUGCUUAAAAAUAAUAAUAUAUAUUGUACGUAUCAUAUUUAUCAUGCAUUAUAUUGUUUAAUAUAUACACAGGAUAUAUGUAAAAGUUAUUUUUACUGUAUAAGAUAAUUAGGGGGUUCAGGAUGACUGAAGAUUAUGAAAUGUACCAAACAAUAAUAUCAAAGCUACUUUUCUUAAGGUGGAGGGAUAAUUUAUGGCUAAAUCUAAAUCUAAAUUGUUUUCAGUCUGUUUAUGUGGCAGGAAUGUUUUGCACAUGAGAUAUUGAGAAAAAAACAGUAAAAAUGCUUUUCUGAUAUGUUGUAGAUGUCCAAAAUUAAAACAAGAACACAUUAA